UGCUGCAACUCCCAGGACUCGCGCAUAAACGCGACGGCGCGUGUUCGGUCGAGGAGCUGAUAUUAUCUUUGCGCGUUUAUCAAAUCUGAGCGCAGUCUUUUGUUCGGCGCGAAAACAAAGCCCCGCGGUGCGCGCAGGGAGCGGGUAUCACCUCCUUCAUUGCUCGCUGGGUCGUCGAUACACGAGCACCUAUUGCAGCAUGGCGUUGUUCCUGGGAUUGCCGGAAUGGCUUAUACUCGCAGCGACCGUCUGUGUCCUUUUCUACCUCUAUGCUUCUCGGAAUCGCAACUACUGGAAGAAUCAAAACAUUCCAUCGGAGCCAUUUGCCUUCAUAUUCGGUCCUACGUUGAAGCUUUUCUACAAACCCAUCCACGUCAUUGACGAUGCGCGGUAUCGGAAAUAUGGCAAGUUCUUUGGGGCCUUCGAGUCUAACAAGCGCCUACUGUUUGUCGCCGAGCCCGAAUUGGUGAAGCAGGUUCUAGUAAAGGAUUUCCCAUUCCUCCCAAACAGAAGGACGUUGACGUUUUCCGACCCUUUGCUGGACAACUCGAUGGGCGUCGCCCCUGUUGAGCAGUGGAGGAAGAUUCGACCAGCUGCGAGUCCAGCAUUCUCCACUGGGAAGCUGCGAAAGAUGAAUUACUUGAUCGAGGACUGCGCAGUAAUUACUGCGGGACACCUAAAGAAGGCAGCAUCCAGUAGAGAAGACAUCGAUGUCAAACAGUUCUUUGGUAACUACGCCCUCGAUGUCAUUGCGAGGUGCGCGUUCGGAACAAGGCUGGACUCGCACUCUGACCAGACAAACGAAUUCGUCACCAGAUCGAGGCAGGCCUUCUCUGGACGCAUCACACCACGCCUUUUCCUGUUUGUCGUAUUCCCGGCACUCGCAAAGAUGCUAAGACUUCGACCCUUCAACUCGGCCAUUUUUCUGUACUUCAAGCAGAUAUGUCAGAACAUCAUUAAGGGCCGACAGGACAAACAAUCGCACCACGAGGACUUUCUGCAGUUGAUGAUGGAUGCUCAGGAAGGAAAUCUUGGCUCUACUUCAGAAAAUACCACUGACCGUGACAAUCAGUUAUUCAACCUCGGUUCAGACGUGAAACCAGAUACUUCGUUUUCGUCGAACAAGACAUUGACGGAGGACGAAUCAAUGGCACAAUGCGUACUGUUCUUAAUCGCUGGCCAGGACACAACCUCAGCUGUCAUCUCGUUCACACUGUACUUGCUAGCAAUCCAUCCCGACGUGCAGGAGAAGCUGAGGGAGGAAGUGGACGAGUGUUUCAAAGUUCACGGAGAACACCCCACCUUGGACGUGGUCACAAAGCUCAAGUACCUUCACUGUGUUGUCUCCGAGUCUCUUCGAAUGUAUCCUCCAACGACGCGAAUUGAGCGAUCACCAUAUGAAGACUACGUUCUCGGAGACACGGGAGUGAAGGUGAAGAAGGGAGAGCUGGUAGCCAUUCCCGUUUACUCUAUGCACCACGACCCACAUUACUUUCCUGAUCCUUUCAAGUUUGAUCCAAAAAGGUUCAGCGACGAGAACGUAGAGUCCAUACAACCGUACACGUACUUGCCGUUUGGAGCCGGGCCCCGCAACUGCAUCGGCAUGAGAUUCGCCCUGCAAGCCGUGAAGCUGUCCAUCCUGUACACCAUCCGCAACGUGAAGGUGGUUCGGACUGAAAAGACAAAAGUGCCUCUGGAAUUCCAGAAUGGAUUCAUCACCCUCGCAGCCAAGGACAUCAAAUUAGGAAUCCGGCAGCGGGGCUACAUCACGAAUAGCGGAUUUAUUAUGGCGACCUUCCUGGGAUUACCGGAUUGGAUUAUCCUCGCGGCGACGGUCUGUGUCCUCUUAUAUCUGUAUGCGUCUCGGAAUCGCAACUACUGGAAGAACCAAAACGUCACGUCAGAGCCAUUUGCCCUCAUAUUCGGCCCGACAGUGAAGCUCAUGUUCCAACCUAUUCAUUUGCUUGAUACCACCCGGUAUAAGAAGUAUGGAAGAUUAUUCGGUGCCUUUGAGACCGGCAAGAGCGUCCUGUUCGUCGCCGAACCCGAACUGGUGAAGCAAGUCCUGGUCAAGGAUUUUCCAGCACUGCCCAAUCGAAGGGCGUUCAAGUUCUUCGACCCCAUGUUGGACAACAUGAUGAGCAUUGUUCCCGUGGAUAGAUGGCGAAAGAUUCGACCGGCCUCGAGUCCAGCCUUUUCCACUGGAAGGCUGAGAAAGAUGAAUUCUCUGAUUGAGGACUGCGCAGUGGUGACAGCAGAACACCUGAAACAGGCGGCGGCAAAUGAGGAGGACAUCGACAUCAAACAGUUCUUCGGCAACUAUUCGGUGGACGUAAUCGCAAGAUGCGCAUUUGGCACGAAGUUGGACUCACACUCGGACCAGACCAACGAGUUCGUCACCAGAUCACGACAGGCAUUCUCGGGACGCAUCACACCACGCCUUUUUAUCUUUUUUGUAUUCCCAGCCAUUGCGAAAUUGUUUGGGCUGCGACCAUUCAAUACGGAAAUAUUUCUCUACUUCAAGGAGAUAUGCUUAAACAUCAUCAAGGGCCGGCAGGCCAAACAAUCUCGGCACGAGGACUUUCUUCAACUGAUGAUGGACGCCAAGGAAGGAAAGCUUGCAUCCUCAGUAGAAAGUGUUUCUGAACGGGACAACCAACUCUUCAACCUUGGUUCAGACUUGAAGCCCGACACGUCGUUUUCAUCGAACAAAACACUGACCGAGGAGGAAGCAAUGGCUCAAUGCGUGCUCUUCUUCUUCGCUGGCCAGGACACGACCUCGAGUGUGAUAUCGUACACGCUAUACCAGCUGGCACUUAACCCCGAGGUGCAGGAAAAGCUGAGGGAGGAAGUGGACGAGUGCUUCAAUAUUCACGGAGAACAUCCCAGCUUGGAUGUGAUUACGAAACUCAAAUACCUACACGGUGUUGUCUCGGAGGCUCUUCGAAUGUACCCUCCAGCAACACGAAUUGAGCGAUCGCCAUUGGAGGACUACAUUCUGGGAGACACUGGAAUCAAAGUGAAGAAAGGCGAAUUAAUUGGAGUCCCCGUCUACUCAAUGCAUCACGACCCGCAGUACUUUCCUGAUCCGUUCACGUUCGACCCCGAGAGGUUCAGCGACGAGAACGUGGGUUCCAUCCAGCCGUACACGUACCUCCCGUUCGGUGCUGGACCGCGCAACUGCAUCGGCAUGCGUUUCGCUUUGCAAGCAGUGAAACUUUCUUUGCUCUACACUAUUCGUAACGUCAAGGUGGUGCGCACAGAAAAGACGAAAGUGCCUCUGGAAUUCCAAAACGGGUUCAACAUCCUGACUGCCAAGGACAUAACACUGGGAAUCAGGAAACGAGGCUAAGGAGCGGUAUUGUCUCUGAAGUGAUUAAACAUGUCAUAAUAUCGAAAACUGGGCCUUGAGAAUGGCU